AUGAAGUUGUUAAAUGGCUUAGCAUUAAUAUCCAUUGCAUCACUAGUUGGCAUUAGUGUCCAAUCGCCAUCAGGAUGUAUAAAAACAGACACGUGCAGUUGUUACUCUGCCAUCGGAGGCGUAUACGAAUUCCAAUGUCCAGAUGUACAUUACGAAAUAAAUAUACAGUGGACUCCAGGAAGGACCGUAGAUAUGUUUUGCGAGACGAGAGAGAAUAGAGGAAUUUUUAACGAAUCCAUUUUUCCUACAUUUGACGGUCACGACGUUCCAAGUAUUACCAUAAAAUACUGCCCCAAUAUAAGUGCGGUCAUAAAAACAGCCAGGAGGAAGUUUAACAUGGUGCACCUUCGACAGCUUAGCAUAGAAACAUCCGCGGACAACAGCUUGAAGGUUACGAGUGAUUAUCUAGAAGGACUGGAUAGUCUGGAAAGAUUAAAAAUCAAACACAACUCGCUGAUUUUGAGUAAAGAUUUUUUGAAGUAUGUCCCCAAUUUAGUAGGGUUGAAUUUAUAUAAGAACAAACUCAAAGAUUUAAAUAUUGAUUUUAAAUACGUGCCAAAACUUAAAUCUCUCGAUGCGUCUGGCAAUGAAAUAACUUCGUUGUUUGAUGGCGGAUUUGAAGGCCUCGGCGAAUUGACGAAUUUGUAUUUAUGGAACAAUAACCUGUCUGUCUUAAGAAAAGACAUGUUCCGCGGAUUAACCGGUGUGAAGUUGCUUGAGCUGAGCAGCAAUCUUAUCGAAACGGUAGAGCCGGAUACAUUCUCGGAACUUUUAGACAUAACCAUUCUCAGUCUGCUAAAUAAUCGCAUAAAGUUUCUCCAUUCUAACACAUUCAAAAACAACGCUCUGCUUCAGCAAAUUAAGAUUGCGUUUAAUCCGAUAUUUCUACCCGAUUACAUUUUUGCAAAUUUAAGCAAACUUAAAGUUGUCAGAAUGGACAGCUGUGGCUUGCAAAGCAUUCCCGAUCACACAUUUACCGGAUCAGUGAAUUUAUCAGAAAUACAACUGUCGAAUAAUUCUCUAACGACUAUUCCGAAAACUCUCUUUGAUGGUCUAGACUCCUUAAUGAAGCUGGAUUUGUCUCAAAAUCGAUUGACCUCGAUUCCAGAUGAAGCGUUUUAUAAUCUGCGUAAAUUAAAAGAACUACAUCUUGAGAAGAACGAGCUGACGGUGUUGGGGGCUGAUGUGUUCUUAGGUCUGGAGAAUUUGCAGAAACUAAUCUUAAGCAGAAAUAAAAUCGCCAGAAUAGAGACGACGAGUUUCCGCGAUCUGUUGGAGCUCCGACACCUUGAUUUGUCUCAUAAUAGAUGGGACAUGGUUCCUGAUAGGAUCACGGGCGUUACUGCUUUGGGAUUCUGCGUCAAAAUCGAGGAGGUGUUGUUGCACCAUAAUAAAGUCGAGACCAUACCCGAAAAUUUUUUUGACUUAAUGGUCAAUAUAAAAAAGUUCAACGUCAGUUAUAAUGAUAUUUCUAAUGUCCGGGUUCCAAUGUUUAUUAAAGCAUCAUCCUUUGAAAUGAUAGUGGAUGUUUCCCAUAAUAACAUAACUGAAGUCGACUUCUCCUUCAUAGAGGUAAUAGCCAGGGCGAAUUAUAACGGAUCCCUGUAUGAACCGUAUCAUGCGAGUCAAACCAUACUAAUCCUGAGUGACAACGUUAUCCCUUGCGAUUGUACCAACUACAAUCUGGUCAAAUAUAACAACGACAUGUACGAUCCCGAAGUACGAGCACUGGUCGACAUUAAACAGGAUCGGUUAUACUGCUCGAAUUUCGAGUCUCCUAUUUUAGCAAGGGAUCUCAGACCUCGGCAUAUCACGUGCUCCCUGGAAGGAUUGAUUAACUGUCCUGGUCCUUGUUCCUGCGAUUAUAGGCCCUAUGAUUUAAGCAUCAUCGUCGAUUGCUCUUAUCGGAACUUAUCGACAUAUCCAACAUUGAAUAUUACCGGCAUCACGUACAUUCAGACAGUUUUAUAUUUGAACGGAAACCAUUUCUCACAAGGGCCCACUACCAACUCAUCUUACCACAACGUCACCGUCUUGGACUUAUCCCGCAAUCAUAUCAAUGAAAUGACUUGGAUCCCACCUCGCAUUAAGGAACUUCGUUUGAGUGGAAAUAAUUUGACUGGCCUGAAUGAAAACUUCAUCAAGCUCUUAAAUAAGACCGCAUCGCUGCGACGAAUGACACUCAACAGUAAUCCUUGGUACUGUGACUGCUAUGCCGCAAAUUUGCAAAACUAUCUUAUGGCUCAUUUUGACAAGGUCAAUAGGACUGACGUGCAAUGCUACGCCAGUGCAGCAUAUCUAGUAAAACUCAACAUAGUGGACCUCUGUCCGAAUCCGCUGUAUCUCACAGUUGCCCUGUCACUGAUCCCCGCCAUACUUUUUUUCUUUGCGGUAGCGAUCGCCCUUUACUACCGUUAUCAAAAAGAAAUAAAGGUCUACCUCUACGCUAAGAACCUGUGCUUGUGGUUUGUUACCGAGGAAGAACUCGAUAAAGACAAAACAUACGAUGUUUUCAUAAGUUACGCACAUCAAGACGAGAAGUUUGUUGUGGAACACUUGCUACCCGAACUUGAACAUGGCGAUCAUCGCUUCAAAGUGUGCAUUCACUAUAGAGACUUUAUUCCUGGUGAGCUCAUUAGUACCCAAGUGGUCAGUACAGUGAAAAACUCGCGUAGGACUUUAGUGGUACUAUCGAAUAACUUUUUGGACAGCGUGUGGGGUAGGAUGGAGUUUAGAAUGGCCCACACGGAAGCGAUUUCCGAAGGUAGAGCCAGAGUGAUCGUCGUCAUCUGCGGUGAUUUGGAUGAAAGUAAACUCGACGACGAAAUGAAAUGUUAUCUGAAAACGAAUACUUAUGUUAAGUGGGGCGAUCGUUACUUUUGGAGCAAGCUUAAGUAUGCUUUGCCACAUUCCAGUAAAUAUUUUUAUGACAAAGAAGCAUGCUAAAUUAAUGGACAAAAUUGACAACAAGUUGGAGUUCCGGCGCUAAACAAAUUCAGUUAAGUUACCUCUCGAGGUUGAAAGCCUGGUACGUAGGUGAAGAUCAAAUAGAACUUUGCUUGCCAAACCGAAUAGUCGAUCAAUUUUUCCGAUCUACUGAAAAUGCUCAACUGAUAAACAAUGUAAUCUUAAGUCGUUUAGGCGCUUCAAAACUUGUAUACGUAUUAGAAACAAAGAUAUAAAGAUACAUCACUAUUUGAGAGUAAAAUAAAACGAUUCGCAUAUUCUUGUUUCUUUUCAAUGGACUUACUUUAAAAUGAAAAUGUAACUAGUGAUCUGUAAGUGAGAAAGCGUUGCCAUUUAAAAAGAAUUUGACGUGUAAGAGUGUAAAAUAGUUGUAAUUUUGCAUUCCACUCCAAGGUUGUCUCAUCAUCCGCAAUUUUUGUUUUAUUACGUUGUUUUUGUAGCUUAAUACAUAAUACAUACAAU